UUUUCAGGACACGAGCUAUAGCAACAAUGGACUGCACCCUAAGGCGGACCGCAACUUCCUGAUCGACAUCAAACGUAAGGGGGAAAGUCCGAAGAUAACGAUGAAAGAUGCUAUUCUGUGGAAGUAUCAGUCGAAGGCGACGAAUAAGACGGUUUGGUAUAAAACGGUGUUCUCCGAGCACGAAGAUCCAGCAGAGAUGGAGAAGCUGUACAGAACCAGGAACGACGCUGGCGACGACAGCCGAGGAUUCAUCCGAAGCAGUGGGAGUGCUUUCGUUGAGGCUGGCAAAUCAAAGGCCGCUCUCGAUAAGCACUUGAAGGAUAAGUACCCUGUACUGUGGGAAGAGUACACCAACAGUUUGAGCAAAGGGUCUGCUAGGGAUAGGUCGGCAACGCCCGAAGCAGAAAGCUCGCUCUCAAGUUCCGAGUUUAAUGAACUGAAAACCACGGUUGAGGAAUUGAAAAUCACGGUUAAUGGAUUGAAGAAAUGUAUUCAACUUCUUAUCCAGGAUAUGAAGUAA